AUGCAGACGAGCACACUAACAAGAAAUGUCAACGACCAGGCCGAGACCUUUCAUAACAAACCAUGGUUCAAGGCAGAAGAGGAUGCACACGGAUACAACGGUCCAUUGCACACGGAACCGCAUGACCUAGCACCAAUCUCACAGUUGUUGCUGAAGUCCAUGGAAUCCAUGGGGCUACCUCUUGUGCCUGAUAUGUUCAGCACCGGCGAGACUCCUCACGGUUGUGGUCACGCACCUCGAACAGUUCAUCGGGGCAUCAGGACGACCGGUGCCGACUUUGUCACCAACGACCAACACAAAAACAACAUUGACAUUGUAGUGGAAACUCUGGUUGAGAAGAUCAAUUUCCAAGAAAAGGAUGGCCAAUUACAAGCUUCGAGCGUCGUUCUUGUGGACAAGGCCGGGACAAAGAGAGAGGUGAAGGCCAGGAAGGAGAUCAUCGUGUCUGGAGGUGCAUAUUGCUCGCCGGCGAUCCUUCUUCGAUCAGGAAUCGGACCAAAAGCAGAACUGGAACAACUGGGCAUAAAGUGUCUGGUUGAUUCUCCUGGCGUAGGCAAGAAUCUACUUGAUCAUCUGAUCGUUUUUGCAUUUUAUGAGACGGAAAAGGAAGGGUUGACCAACGACCACCUAGUAUACCACGGAGAUGCAGCAAUGGCAUCGUACAUGUUGUACAAGGAGAAGAAAGAAGGCGUCCUCUCCACCUUUCCCUUUGGUGCCUUCGGCUAUGCGAGGCUCGACGAUCGAUUGAAGGAUGAACCAUUGUGGAAGGAAGCAAAGAGAGAAGCCGGCCGUGAUCCGAUGGGUUUGACUUCCAAACAACCCAAUGUCGAAUUCUUCACCACAGAGCUGUAUGGUGGUCCAAAGCAUUAUGAUCAAUAUCCAAUCGACAAGAAACAUGCCUUUGCAAUGAUCACCGAGCUUUUCUCACCUCGUUCAAAAGGGACCGUCACUUUGAAAUCCACCGACCCAUUGGAAAAUCCCAUAGUCGAUUGUAACUACCUGUCUGAUCCUCUUGAUGUGUUGGUCAUCUCCGAGGGUUGCCGACUGGGGAACGAGAUUGUAAUGAACGGUGCUGGAACAAAAGACAUCGUCAAGGGAUCUUGGCCAUCGAACUUGACACAUCACGCCUACACCACACGAGAACAGUGGGUUCCCUAUGUGAAGGAACAAGGAACCACUUGCUAUCACGCCGCCGGGACGUGCAAGAUGGGGCCGACGAACGACAAGAUGGCCGUCCUCGACGAGAAGCUCAAGGUUCGUGGCGUCAAAGGUUUGAGGGUCGCCGACUGCAGCAUCAUGCCAUCGCUGAAUGGAGGUCAUACGCAGAUGCCGGCGUACGGUAUCGGGGAAAAAGCCGCCGACUUGGUCAAGGAGAACUGGUCCAAAGCAUGA